AUGCUGGAUAGGGCUGUUAAGAUCAGAGGUAGUCUUGCCAUUUUCGGGCGCAAAGAGGUCCGUGGUGUUGAUGUCAGCCGCAAGGAAUUGGACUGGAAAGAGGAAGAUCUUCUUAGCAGCGGUGCGUUUGCCUUUGUUUACAGAGGAAAAAUUAAAACCGAAGUCGAAGAGGAGCGAAGUGUGGCAUUGAAACAUUCCCACAUCGUAACGUUGUAUGGUACAUCGUUGCUUGACAUAAAUGGAAAAUUGAAAGUUAUAAUGGUCAUGGAGCUCUGCAAAGGAAACUUAAAGAAUCACAUCUUCAGGAAUCUCAGCAGAGCCCCCGCAGUUUCCGAAAAUGCCGCCGCCUUGAGAGAAGCCUGUCAGUGGCUGAGGGAGAUUUCCGACAAGGGGAGAUUCACAGGGACCUUAAAAACGAGUUCAGCGAAGAUUACUGACGUCGGUGUUUCUAAAGGAGGAGAAGACAUCACAGGUACUUUAGCGGGAACCCCCGUCUACAUGGCACCAGAAGUGUUUCAUUCUCGGUUGUACAACAGUAAAGCAGACAUAUACAGCCUGGGGUUACCUAUGUGGGAAAUGUGUUGUUUAUCCUACAAGCGUCGUCCAAACAAUUACAAAUUGUCCUGGUUAUGUAAUGAGUGUAAAUUGCAAAGUGUUGUUGCUAUGAAAAGCUCAAAACUAUCCAAGGAGUCUUCCUCUCCCAUCUCCAACACUUCUGAUGAUUCUGACAUUAUAAAUUUGGGUGAAACUUACCAUGUUGAUGUUGAGAAAUAUGGGAUAAUUGCUGAACUAUCUGCACAUGACUUUGAUGUGAUUGAAUCACCUAAUGGGUGGCUUGAAAAUAGUAUUAUACAGUAUGCCCAAUCACUUUUGAAAACAGUCAAUCCAGCUAUACAAGGAUUUCAGCAUACAAGUCUUGGAAUAUAUUUAAAUUUGAAAAAGUUGAUGGGGAUUUUGUUCAGAUAUUGCACACUGGGGGCAAUCAUUGGGUAUGUGAAAGCUCAAUUGGAUGUGAAAAAGGAUUUGUGA